ACUUCUGUCAUGCCCUCGACGACACCGCUGAAUCGUGUCUACGCUACAAAGGACCAGCUCAAAGUCCUCACUACUGCUUGUGCUCAAAAGGAUAUUUACUCUGUCGUUGUAUUCACCCCACAGGAGCUCGACGAUCUCGUAGCAGAGACUGGCCUGUACGUGUCCAUACAUUAUUUCCCUAUCUUGCUGUGCAUUCAGUUUAUUAAUUGAUUCAUACUGACCUGCAUAUAUGCGUGUAUAUUAUUACUUUGCUGAUUCUGAUUUUAUCAUGCACCGAUCAGCUCUAAGAAGUGGAUCCUUUCCUGGCUUUGCAGGGUACGCAGAAAACGUGGAUCAUGCGCACACAAGCAUCCCGCAACGAAGCACGAUAGUAUAGCUACUAUGAAAGUCGAGAUG